AUGAGAGAAACCCUCUGGCUUGGACACCUCCAUGUUGCGGCCGAGAACAGAAAGGCUGGAGUGAUAGGCCGACGCUCCCUGUAUCGGUGGUGCAACGAGUCGUUCCCACUGCUCUAUCCACCAACCGGAGAGCCAGUCUUGGAACUUGAUGGGUGCGGGGUGGAUAUGCUAGGGAUUAUCAACGAGAGUGUUUUUCUUGUCGCCUACACUUACUGCUCCCCCACCACGCCGAAGAUUCCUUCGUCGUCCACGACGUCAUUGUCCACCCUUGAAAGAGCUACAUCUUCGACCUCGAUCGCGUCGCUGGCUAGCGGGGCGGGGACGUCUACCGCUACCACGCCCCUGUCGGAGGUUGACAUUUCGAAGCUUGUCUUCAACAGCACUGUUUCUUUGACUCACACUGCUAACUGCGCCAUCACCCGCCCUGAUGAUGAAGCCUCUGAGGAAAAAGAGCUCCGAGUGUACCUCUCCCGCCGCGCAAAGUGGAAAUCGGCCUGGCCCUCGCUCUUGGACUGCACCGCCGCUGGUGGCCUCUCUUCUUCUGACCUCUCUCCCCUGGAGGGAAUGAUUAGAGAGGCCCACGAGGAGGUCCGGCUCCCGUCUCCGUUCCUUCGCUCCCAUGCCAAACUCAUUGGUGAGAACAGAUUGAUGCUUACGGAGACAGAAAUCGGAGAGGAGGGUUGCCAAAUGCAGCUGCAGCAUUGUUUCGAGGUUGAGCUGCCUGAGGGGGUUGUGCCAAGGCCAGGGGAGGGAGAUGGGGAGGUGGCGGGCUGGGAGUUGGUUACUGUGCCGGAGAUGAAGGAGAGGAUGAGGAUGGGGGAGGUGAAGCCGGCGAGUGGGUUGGUGUUGAUGAGGUGGAUGUUGGAACGGGGGUUGCUGACUGACGAGGAGGGAAAGGGUGUGGGGGAGAGGUUGGGGCGGGAGUGGGUGGUUGAGUGA